AAGCUUUCAACUUUGAAACGGCAACACAGGAUGCAUCCUUUCUUCCUGCUCUGUAUCGCGGUGACGGGGUCCGUUGCCUGGGCUCGACCUAAUCCCUCUCCCUUCUCCUCAGAACUGAUCCACCUUAUUAACAAAGCCAACACCACCUGGACAGCCGGCCACAACUUCCAGAAUGUUGACAUCAGCUAUGUGAGAGGGCUUUGUGGCACCAUCCUCAACGGACCCAAACUGCCAGAAGUGGUUCACAACAUUGAAGGUAUAAACCUUCCAGACAGCUUUGACCCACGCCAGCAGUGGCCCAACUGUCCCACCCUCAAUCAGAUCAGAGACCAGGGCUCCUGUGGAUCCUGCUGGGCUUUUGGGGCAGUGGAAGCAAUAUCUGACCGUCUGUGUAUCCAAAGUGGUGGAAAGGUCACUUUGGAGAUCUCUGCUGAAGAUCUGCUCACCUGCUGUGAUGAUUGUGGAAUGGGGUGUUUUGGUGGUUAUCCCUCAGCUGCUUGGGAGUUCUGGACAAAGGCUGGCCUUGUGACAGGAGGCCUGUAUGACUCCAAAGUUGGUUGCAGACCCUACACCAUUGCCCCCUGUGAACAUCACGUAAAUGGAACUCGUCCUCCGUGCCAAGGCGAAAAAGAAACCCCUAAAUGUGUGCAGCAAUGCACGGAUGGAUAUACUCUGUCUUACCCAAAGGACAAACACUUUGGCCUGCGCUCGUACAGCAUCCCUUCAGAGCAGCAGCAGAUCAUGACAGAGCUGUAUAAGAACGGGCCUGUGGAGGCAGCUUUUAGUGUCUAUGAGGAUUUCCUGCAGUACAAAUCUGGCGUGUAUCAGCAUGUGACUGGAGAAAUGCUGGGAGGUCAUGCCAUAAAGAUCCUAGGCUGGGGGGAGGAGAAUGGCACCCCCUACUGGCUGGCUGCAAACUCCUGGAACAAUGACUGGGGAGACAAAGGUUUCUUCAAAAUAAGACGUGGAAAUGAUGAAUGUGGUAUUGAGUCUGAAGUAGUCGCAGGAAUCCCCCUCAAAUAGAUGAUU